UCUUCUGCAUCAUAUUCCCUCCUGUCACCUCUUCUGGUUGUCUUCAAAAUGAAGGUCUUCGUUCUCUCCGUACUUUUGGGCCUCGCCACCACGGACAAGCUCCCUUCCAACACCUAUGGUGUCCCGAAUGGAGGUUUUGGAGCUUCCAACGGCAAUGGAUUUGGAGCCUCGGGUAAUGGAUUCGGAGACUCGGGUAACGGGUUUGGAUCAUCAGCUAACGGAUUUGGAGCCUCAAGCAAUGGAUUCGGGGCUCCAAGCAACAGAUAUGGAACACCAACAAACGGCUACGGACAGGACGACGAAGUAGCGGCUCUGGCCGAGAGCAUUCCCGGGGGCGGCGUCCCCGGCGAGGACUACCCCAAUUUGGCUUCCGUGCCCGACACCGGCUUCUCGUGCGAUGCCCAGGCGGUGCAAGGUUAUUACGCCGACACUGCGCCUGAAGCCGGCUGCCAGGUGUUCCAUAUCUGCCAGGACCGCGCCCUCAGGCGCCAACAGGACUCGUUCCUGUGCCCCAACGGUACCAUCUUCAACCAGCAGUACCUGGUAUGUGACUGGUGGUUCAACGUGGACUGUUCUCAAGCUGAGAGCUUCUACUCCGUCAACGAACUCAUUGGAGUCGUUCCCGACGCCGGAUACGCCUACGGCCCUUCUGCUAAUGGCAAUGGCAACGGCAAUGGAAACAACGGCAACGGCGUUAAUGGAAGACGGAAUGGCAAUGGAAAUGGCCGCAACAACGGCAGGAACGGAAACGGAUACGGCUCUAAUGGCAACGGAAUCAAUGGAAACGGAUCUGCUGGGAAUGGAAACAAUGGUUUUUCUGCUAACGGUAAUGGUAUCAACGGCAAUGGUUCGAACGGCAAUGGCAGGAAUGGCUAUAGCUCCAAUGGCAAUGGUCUUAACGGCAACGGCAACGGAAUUAACGGGAACGGAAAUGGCAACGGCAAUGGGGCAGGUGCCUCCGCCCCCUCCGGCUCCUACGGCGUCCCCUUCUGAUCCGCCGCACGUCGAGGAAUCCACUUUGACUUUUGUAUAUAAAGAAUACUAAAGAUUUAUAUAAUUAACUAUUCCAUAUGAUUUUAGCAUGCAUUAUAUAUUUCAUACAUAAAAACAUUUAAUCCAAA